AUGAACCCGCACUGCAGGCCCGUGACACCGUUCCUAUCCAUCUCGUCCCCCUUUUCCGCUUCCGUGCAGAGCGGGACAUUCCUGCUCGCCUCUCUCCAGCACUUGAUGAGUAGCUCGCAGCGCGGCCACGCGUCCUCGUCACUCCACGUUGUGACUCACGAAUUACCACCGUUGGGCGAGGUUGGCGCUGUGUCGCCCUUGCAGGCAGGAGCGGCACCGGCAAUACUGAGGGAAGUCUCCAUUCUGCCUUUCUUAGAGGAGGGUGACGCGUCCGAGGAAGUCCACCUUAUCGAUGUGCCAGUCAUCAUGGCCGCAAACAGCACAUCCACGGCGCAGGUGGCCUCACUGCACGACCCACGCGCACCUACUCUCCCGUCCACCCCAGUGGCCCACCGCGCCUCUACCAGGCCGGUAGAGAUGUAUGCCCUGGAGGAACAGCAAGAGCGUAGUGCACUCGAGAAUAACCAAGCGUCACGUUUUGAGACGAUUCUCGCACGGGAGGUUUCCGACUACCUCAGAAUAAGUUACCACCAGCGCAUGGCAGCUCGGCAGCCCACUGAAUACAUUGGCGGCAAUGCGCCGCUAAAUAUGGAGAAAGAGGCGCGUCGCCUCCAUGACUCGAUGCGGGCACGCAUGAAAGCGGCGGAGGCUGAACAUCAGAAGUUUAUGAGCAUCUACCGACCAGUAGAGCAGGUGCAGCUGUCCACUACUGAUGAACGAACACCGCGGUCGCAGCCGAUGCUGUCGCUUGAAAACCAAGCCGAGGUGAAGCUUGCUACGAGACGUAUCUCCUGUGGUACCCCUCAUCUUUUGUCUUCGACGUCGAGCUUCGAUGGGCUCUUUUCUGUCAACGCCCCGCCACGCCAGUUGUCCCUUGACACCCGCCGUAUGGCACCGUCAGAAGCGCAAAAAGGCAACAAUCCCGGUGUGAGGUCGGAGAUUCAGCGACAGCUUCGACUAGGCAGACCUGUGGUUCACAAUGCCGGCGAGUGGACAGCUGACCCCCUCUUCACGGUACUCCGCUAA